AUGGAUCACACUGAUCAGUCUGAGAGUAGGAGAGGGGAAGAGAUGGAAAUUCAUCAUUUCAGCCAUCACCAUCCUUUGGUGUUCAUCAAAGACCAGAGUUUCGCAAGUGAAGCAGCUUCCUGCUUCCUGCUUCGGUCAUCCCUUCCACUCCCAACACCCUUCGACUCUUUUGCCAGGAUUUCCUUAGGGGGGGGGGGUCGUAGUUGUGAUUUUUGUUAUAGUGGCUCUGCAGGAUUUGUUUAUCAUUGUGCUUCUUGUGGAUUCGAUCUGCACGUAAACUGUGCUCUGCUUCAAUCAUCCAUUGCUGCAAAUGUUCCCUCUUAUUUGCACCAGCAUCCAUUGUUCUUUAUUGAAAACCAUAACAAGGAAAUCAAACGCGAUUGCUCGGGAUGUACGAAACCGUUAUCUGGUCCAAUUUACCACUGUGGGGAUUAUUCUUAUCCUAAAUUAUUUGACCUUCAUAAGGAGUGUGCUGAACUACCCCUUGAGAUUAAACACUCCUACGACCCUAAGCAUCCUCUUACUCUCUUGCCGAUAUCACCGACUCAUCAUCACGAUUGUAGUUGCUAUCUAUGCAAAAUCCAGUGGGAAGGGUUUGUUUAUUCUUGCUCUAUUUGCAAGUUGGAGCUUACUCUUGAUGAUGUUAUUACACCAACAAAGAUCACAACUGCAAGUCAAACACCCAUGGAAGCUUCUGUCGAGACAAAUGUCAUUUAUUUGUGAUUUUUGUGGCAUCGCUGGAGAUCACAACCCGUAUCUCUAUCUCUAUGGUGUGUUUAAUUCACGGAAUAUAAGAUUG